UGGAUCAAACUGUUCAAAUGUGUAUUUAUCGUUAUAGGGGAAGGUGGACAUAUCCUACACUGGAAAAUUACACGUGGUGAAUCUUUUGAAGAGGUUAGAGAUAUCUUCAUCCAUCUUAAGGAGAGACUGCAGGCACGGGGAGUUGUCAUUGACAACUGCUGCAAAUGGAAAAGUUCCCUCACAGCCAUUUUUCCUGAUGUUGACAUCAGACUGGAUCUCUUUCAUGCAGUCCAACGGUUUUUGAAAACUGUUCCAGUUGGUGCUAGAAUUGGCAGUGGUAUUGCCAAAGAAUAUGGCCUAGUUUUCCGUCGCCCAUCGGAUUUGGGCGAAAAACGUAACCAACCCACUGCUGAUAAGGAGAAAAUGCUAAAGAACUUGGCAGGGUUUGAAUUGAAAUGGUCAACUAAAAGAUGGAAUGGAAAUAUUAUAUUGAACGCAGAAGGAAGGAAGGAAGGCUUUACAGUAAAAACACAUAUCGAGAGGAUGUCUAAGCGGCAUUCCGGUCCAGUGUUCAACCUCUGA